AUGAUCCGAGUAGUCUCUUGUGUUUUUGUUCUUACCACUUCCAUAGUUACAUCACAACCGCUACUUUUUCCUCAUGGAUGGUUUGAAAGCAAGAAUUUGCGACCGAGAGAUGCAAUCAUGCUUAACAUGAUGGCACAAUCUAAUCUCGAGUACGGAGGUGUCACAUUAGAGGAACUGGAUAAGCUUGACGCUGUUCGAAAGCAGAUACCACGUCCGGAAAAGCUGGCAAGAGAUAGAGAAGAAGACGAUGUUGAACUGGAUAGACAACCAGCGUUCACGGCGGAAGGUGAAAAAAUAGAGAAUGAGGAAAAGAAGGAAACAGAUGAUCCAGAAAUUGGUAACGACCUCAAAAAGAAAGCCCCGUUUCGAAGAGUUCAGUUGAAAUUACAAAAAAAAAGAUCAACAGAGGCAGAGCCAACUAAAGAUUCAGCGAAUCCUUUCGAAGAAAUCGCCACUAGAUCUCCUCCCAGAGACAGAAUGACUAUGAGACAGCUUAGAAACCGGAACAGAAAACACAGGAAAAAGAUGGCGAGAUACAGAAAAAAUGGGUUCCUCACCAGAGAUGACAUCAUUAAAAGCAAAGCAUCAACUCAAUCUAAUGUAAAAAUCACUGACCGUACUUAUGAGAAAGCAGAAUUCGACGAAAAAUUGAGAAACCAUGCUCAGGAUACAUGGGAAAGAGAAAAUAAAGCAGCCGAAAAAGUACGGGAAGACAUGGCAGCGGGAAGAAAAGAGGAGAUCGAGCCAGAGCCUAUCAGUCCAGCUAUGAAGCUUCUCGCCAAGGAACAUUCAGAUAUAGAUCGCCGAAUUGCAAUUGCUGAACAGACGAUGCCAAGGAAAGUGGAUAGACUUCCAAACAACCCUUACAGUAAUGUGGACCUCAGAAAACCGACAGUGCUAACACUACCCCUACCACCACUAGACAAGUUGAAAGAAGAAGUACAGUAA